AUGCCACCUCUGUCUCUUCAAAAUAAUAAUAUAGCAAUAGUAAUUGGAUCCGGUCUAGCCGGUCUAGCCGCUUCUUCCCAACUCCUCUCCCGGUCCCAACAUAUUAAGGUCUACCUUCUCGAACAAGCAGCCCGGACAGGAGGAAAUAGCAUCAAAGCCUCCUCGGGCAUCAAUGGCGCGGAAACACUAUAUCAGCGCGCUUCGCAACCGCCUAUUGUGGAUAGUGUAGAGAGGUUCUAUGAGGAUUCGGUAAAGUCGGCGGGGGAGGUUAUGAGGAGUAGUGGUGGUGGUAAUGGAGAAGAAGAGAUAAAGGAAAGAGAAAGGUUGAUCAGGGUGUUGAGUGAGGAGUCAAAGGGAGCGGUGGAGUGGUUAGGUGGUAAAGGGUUGGAUUUUAGUGUGGUAGCUCAGUUGGGGGGUCACAGCGUUGCGAGGACGCAUAGGGGAGGUGGAAAGUCUAAACCACCUGGUGCGGCGAUUGUGGGGACGCUGUUGCAGGAACUAAAAGCGAAUGAGAGGUUCCAUCUCAAGACUUCAUGUAAAGUCACGAGAGUCCUUACGAACGAUGAGAAUGGAGAUGUGGUAGGUAUCGAGUAUCGUCAUGAAGAAGAAAAUGGAAAUGGAAAAGAACAGAUCCAGAUUAAACAAUUAAUAGGCCCGCUCAUCUUCGCAACAGGAGGGUUUGCAGGUGAUGCGUAUGGAAUGUUAGCACAUUAUCGACCGGAUCUCGCUGGGUUUCCUUCAACUAAUGAUCCGCGCCCGGGAUCUCAACAUCUCCUUGCGGAUAUCGGGGCGGAUCUUGUCGAUAUGGAUAAGGUGCAGGUUCAUCCGACUGCAUUUGCGGAUGCGAAGGAUAUUAAUAAUUUGACGAAAUUUCUCGCGGCGGAAAUGUUGAGGGGCGAGGGUGGUGUGCUUUUGAUGGAUGGGAGGAGAUUUGUGGAUGAAUUGGAAACGAGGAGGGUUGUUACGGGGAAGAUUGUAGAGGCUGGGGAAAUGGGGAUGGGAAUGGGGGAGGAGGAGGGAAAGGAAAGGAAGGAGGUAGAACCGAGACAGUGGGAUGUAAAACUUGUGAUUGAUGAGGGGGUAUACGAGCGAACGAAAUCGCACGUGGAUUUUUACUUGUGGAAAGGAUUAAUGAAAAAAUGCACAAUCGCAGAAGCAAACUUAGGAGAAGAGGCAAUGAUAAGUUUGCAAAAAUAUGCGGACACGGUGGCGAAGAAAACAAGAGAUGAAUUUGGGAGAAAAUCAUUCGGAUUUUGGAAAUUAGAUAAAGUAACCCCGGACUCGGUAAUAUACAUAGGAAGUGUUACGCCAGCAAUUCAUUUCACAAUGGGUGGUGUGAGGAUUGAUGAGGAAGCGAGGGUUUUGGAUAUGAAUGGGAAGGUGAUGAGGGGUGCGUGGGCGGCGGGGGAGGUUACGGGGGGUGUUCAUGGGGAUAAUAGGUUAGGGGGUAGUUCAUUGUUGGAAUGUGUUGUUUUUGGGAGGAGAGCGGGAGAUGGUGUUUUGAAGUUGUUGAUGAGUUGA